AUGGACUGGCAACAACUAUUAGAAAUAGAUAUUGAUGGGAAGGAGGAUAUUCAAGAAAUUAUUUUAAAAGUAUGGCAUAUUCAGGCUACAAGAACAUCAGGCAUCAGACAUUAUGUGGUAUUAUUAAACGACGCGAUCUUUUACAUUACUCUUAUAUCACUUUGCUGGUAUCUUGAGCCUAAUAUUGAACAAGAAGCUCUUAUACAACAACUAUCAGUUAUCAUAUUAUGUUCUAAUUCAGAAGAUCUUCCUAUACCUAACAGUACAUUUAAGCAUUUAUUUUCCAUUCGAUCUAUGAUAUACAAUCCUUAUUUAAUAAUAACAAAGUCAAAUAAGAUUAUAUAUGCAAAAUUGUUUGGAUUAUCGAAAAAGGUUAUCGAUUUAGCUAUUAAAGCUGAUAUGUAUCAGGAGCUGUCUGAUAUGUUCAAAACUUUUCUUUAUGACAUACAGAACAAAAUUGACAAAAAUCAAACUGGAGAUUAUAUUACUAAUGUCAACAAUCCAAAUAUAACCAAACAUAAAGGCCAUCUACCAAAAAGGUUGAAGUCUAAUGUUGAACAAUCAUCAUCUAAAGGUAAACAGGUAUUAAGAAACAGCACACAUAUCAAUGUAAUAGAUAACAAUGAAAUAAAUGCAGAAGGUGAGGGUAGUGGCGAUAUGAUCAAUACAAAAGGGCGUAAGUGCAAAAAUUUUGUUGAAGCAAUGGUUGAAACUGAAUAA